UGCAUUCCCCCACCCUUCCCAAUUGCCGCCCCCCCUACAUUGCUAUUUCCCUCCCUCCCCCCUUUUUCGUUUCCGGCGCUCCCGCCUUCUCUCCGUGGCGGCUCAACUCGGACCGUGUGGGGGGGAGGGAGGGAGGGAGGGAGGGGGCGUGGAGGAAUUGGGGUUCUCAGGAGCACUAGCGGCAGCACCACUUCCGGCCGACGCCGCCCCUCCCGCGCUCUGGCGCCGCCGCUGCCGUCGCCACUGGAAAGUUCAGGAGCCCUGGAAAGGAGAAAGAAUAAAACAACAGGAGGAAGAGAGAGAGAGGGUAGAAUGGAAGAAUCUCACUUCAAUUCUAACCCAUACUUCUGGCCUUCUAUCCCCACAGUCUCAGGACAGAUUGAGAACACGAUGUUCAUCAACAAGAUGAAGGAUCAGCUGUUGCCAGAGAAGGGCUGUGGGCUGGCUCCACCCCACUACCCUACCUUGUUGACAGUGCCUGCCUCAGUGUCCCUGCCCUCAGGCAUCAGUAUGGACACAGAGUCCAAGUCAGACCAGCUGACCCCACAUAGCCAGGCAUCCGUUACCCAGAAUAUCACGGUGGUCCCUGUGCCGUCUACAGGAUUAAUGACUGCUGGAGUCUCCUGUUCUCAGAGGUGGAGAAGAGAAGGGAGUCAAUCAAGGGGUCCUGGUUUGGUAAUCACGUCCCCCUCAGGCUCCCUUGUGACCACAGCCUCAUCAGCUCAGACCUUCCCCAUUUCGGCUCCCAUGAUUGUCUCAGCUCUUCCCCCUGGCUCACAAGCCCUGCAGGUGGUCCCUGACCUCUCCAAGAAGGUAUCAGCAACCCUAACAGAGGAAGGAGGCGGAGGUGGUGGUGGAGGUGGCAGUGUGGCUCCAAAGCCCCACCGGGGCCGAAAGAAGAAGCGGAUGUUGGAAUCAGGGUUGCCCGAGAUGAAUGACCCCUAUGUCCUCUCCCCUGAGGAUGAUGAUGACCAUCAGAAAGACGGCAAGACCUAUAGGAGCGAAGGGAACUGCGGCACAGGAAAUGGACAGAGCCUUGGGCUAAUGGAUUCAGUUCCCGGCUCCACCACGAACUUGCUGUGUGACCCUGGGUGCCGGAUGUGCUCACUGACAUUCUACUCAAAGUCGGAGAUGCAGAUCCACUCCAAGUCACACACCGAGACCAAGCCCCACAAGUGCCCACAUUGUUCCAAGACCUUCGCCAACAGCUCCUACCUGGCCCAGCACAUCCGUAUCCACUCAGGGGCUAAGCCCUACAGUUGUAACUUCUGUGAGAAAUCCUUCCGCCAGCUAUCUCACCUCCAGCAGCACACCCGGAUCCACUCUAAGAUGCACACGGAGACCAUCAAGCCCCACAAGUGCCCGCACUGCUCCAAGAGCUUCGCCAACACCUCCUACCUGGCUCAGCACCUCCGUAUCCACUCGGGGGCCAAGCCCUACAACUGUUCCUACUGCCAGAAGGCCUUCCGCCAGCUCUCCCACCUCCAGCAGCACACACGAAUCCACACCGGGGAUAGACCAUACAAAUGUGUCCACCCAGGCUGUGAGAAAGCCUUCACACAGCUCUCCAAUCUGCAGUCCCACAGACGGCAGCACAACAAAGAUAAACCCUUCAAGUGCCACAACUGUCAUCGGGCGUACACAGACGCAGCCUCACUAGAGGUGCACCUAUCUACGCAUACAGUGAAGCAUGCCAAGGUGUACACCUGUACUAUCUGUAGUCGGGCAUAUACGUCGGAAACGUACCUUAUGAAACAUAUGCGCAAACACAACCCUCCUGAUCUCCAGCAACAAGUGCAGGCAGCGGCAGCAGCGGCAGCAGUGGCCCAGGCCCAGGCCCAGGCUCAAGCUCAGGCCCAAGCCCAGGCCCAAGCCCAAGCCCAGGCUCAAGCCCAAGCCCAAGCCCAGGCUCAAGCCCAAGCCCAAGCCCAAGCUCAAGCCCAAGCCCAAGCUCAGGCCCAGGCUUCCCAGGCAUCGCAACAGCAGCAGCAGCAGCAACAACCACAGCCACCACACUUCCAGUCCCCGGGGGCAGCCCCCCAGGGUGGGGGUGGUGGGGACAGCAACCCCAACCCUCCACCCCAGUGUUCUUUUGACCUGACCCCCUAUAAGACGGCGGAGCAUCAUAAGGACAUCUGCCUCACUGUCACCACCAGCACCAUCCAGGUGGAGCACCUGGCCAGCUCAUAGAGACCUAUGCUGCCACCCCACUGGGAAAAGGGAGAAGAAGUUCUGGCCUCUUCUUUCUCUAACUCCUCUUGGUGGGAAACGUCUUCUUCCUUGACAGGCCUUGGCUCCAUCUCCUUGGGCCUCAGGCACAGCCUUCCUUCACAGGAUACCAUCCUUAUUUUCAACUCCUCUUCAAAAGGAUUAUCAGCCCUCCUGAUUGGCAAAGGAAUACUGAGCUGGUAGUGUAAUCCAGCAGCCUCCCUCCUAAGCAUAGCUUUUAAAAAUUGGGAGUUGGUGCUCAAGGGGGGGAUUUGCUAUGACCUCAUAGAAACGUUUCCAUUGUGGGCACUUACUCUCUCCUUACCCUCAUAAUCUUCAAAGUUUAGGCUGAUAGAAGACUAGAGGCUGGCCCUCCCAGAUACCAGAAAGAAGAAAGCCCUAAAUGCAACCAGCCUCCUGUUCCAAUCUUGCCUGUGUAAGAACAGAGGUUUCUCAUGUGCCCUGACCCUGGGAGCCAUUUCCCCUCAUGGUCUCACUUCAGUUCCUACCUGAUGCUGGAGGAAGGAGAUCUGGGUGGGGGGUCAGACUCCCUUUACUUGUAAAGGGCAUGAGCCGAGAUGUGGUCCCCACGGGGCCGGUGAUCCCCAGAUGGUCGAGGGUGGCUUAGAAACGUGGGAUAUGGUCUUCCUUGGAGCCUCUCCCCUUCUCUGCCAACCAAUGCCCUAUACUCAGCCUCCCCAUCCCCAAACUUAAGGAGCUGUGGGAGCUUUAUGAAAUCCGAAACAAAGGAGUGUUGCACAGAAGGGAAAGUUCAGGGCAAACACAAGGACUGGACUUAGCUUCCUAGGUGCCACGGUCAGUUGCUGGACACGGAUUUAUAUAUAAAUAUAUAUAUAUAUAUAUAUAAGUAUAUAUAUACCCACUCAUCACGGCCAUUUUUGUUGUAACCAUUUCUGUGUUUAUAAAUGCAUUAUCGCUGAGAAUUUU